UCAAAAUUCGGCGGUCCUCUCAUCCGCAUUUGAAAAAGCCGCCGGAUCUUCAUCAUCUUCCGGGAGAAACUUCCCCAAUGCUCCACCGACAGGCAUUUAGAGAUGGGCGCUUAAAGAGUUAAUCGACGGACAAGCCAGCGGAUUACAGAUAAAAUUCCAUGGCGCCUCCAAAGAAAUCCACGAGUCGAAACAAAAGAAUCCUUCAUUCAAAUAAUCCCUCGGCUGAAAAAAGUUAUACGAGCUCGCAAAGAAGCAAGAAACGAAAGAAGAACUUGUGUGAGAAGUUGGGACCUCGAUGGAGCACGAGGGAAAUUGAGAUUUUUUAUGAAGCGUACAGAAAAUAUGGACAAGACUGGAAAAAGGUGGCUUCUUCUACGUAUGGUAGAUCAAUUGAGAUGGUAGAGGCUCUUUACAAUAUGAACAGGGCAUAUCUUUCCUUGCCGGAGGGGACUGCAUCUGUUGUUGGUCUCAUAGCGCUGAUGACAGAUUACUAUAAUGUUAUGGAAGGUAGAGAUAGUGAACGUGAUAAUUAUCAUGCUUCAGGUUUUCAAGAAUCUCCAAAAACUAAUCAAGGAAAAGUUCAAAUGAGUUUCUCAAAUGAAGACUAUUGUACUAGUUCCGUUGCAGCAAAUGGUGGAUGUCUGGCUUUGCUUAGGAGUUUAUAUCAUGGUAGCCAGCCUCGUGUCGUGCAGAAAAGGACACCUCGUGUUCCUAUUUCAUAUUCAAAUAAAAGAAGUGAAUGGAAAAACCAUGCUUCUGGUAAUAAAAGUUCGAAGAAGUCAGAAUUUCACGUGAGCAGUGAUGAAGUUGCACAUGGUGCCACAUUAGCUUUGGCUGAAGCCUCACAAAGAGGGGGCACUUCCACAACAUCCAUGCCUUGCAAAAUAAAAGAGAACUUGAAAUCCUCAUACGAGGUCAGCGGUGGACGUAAAGGAAGACCAAUCGAACAAUUUGGUUAUGAUCCUAGCUUGAUAGUAGAUAUAGAGUCUGCAAGGACAGUCAAGGCUCACCGCAAGAUGAAGAAACGGUACAGAAAGGAGAAAGUUUUAGAUGAUAAAGACCGGCAGUUUCAUCAAAGUGUCGAUUAUUUAACAGAAAAUAGACCUGAAGCGCCUAUUAUGGAUGGCGUAGGCAGUCUCAGUGUUCCAGAAGGAAAAGUUGAUUCUGAAAUUUCAAAUGCAGAUUGUGAGCUAUCAUUUCCACUAGUUCAGCGAAAGAAAAGCAGGAAGCAGUCACGUGGAGAUGGGAACAUUGCUGUAGAUGCUUUGCAGACCUUAGCUGAUUUGUCUUCCGUGAUGCCAGUUACUGCCAUGGAACCAGAAGCAUCUGUUCAAAUUGUGGAGGAAACUGACUCUUUCAAUUUGGAAAACAAAUCUUGUAUUGAGGAUAAAGCAAAGCAAAUCAUGGUCCCUGAAACGUUCAAUAUUGAGGAUAAAGCAAAGCAAAUCAUGGUCCCUGAAACGUUCAAUAUUGAGGAUACAGGUUAUGGGAAAUCAAAACCUGGAAGUGACUUGUCAAUUGUGAUACCUGAUACAAAAAUUCCCGUGGAUGCCCAUUUACGUGAAAAUUUGAAGACAGCCACAUCUGGGCAUACUAAACCAAUGAAUAACGAAAAUCAAGUCACUCUACCAAUUAAGCAGGGGAGUCGAAGUAGAUGUAAGAUGGGGCUUCGGAGAUUGUUGACCCAUCAAAAGACGAAGCCCUGUGACGAAAAAUUGGAAAAAGAGCUCAGGAAAUAUUCCCCCUCUGUUCAAGACAGAGCAUUCUUCCUCAAAGACAAACUUUCUAAUUGCAUGUCGUCCACUUUGGUGCGUAGAUGGUGCAUUUUUGAAUGGUUUUAUAGUGCAAUUGAUUAUCCUUGGUUUGCAAGAAGGGAAUUUGUCGAGUAUUUGGAUCAUGUUGGCCUGAAAAACAUCCCAAGGUUAACACGUCUUGAAUGGAGUGUCAUAAGAAGUUCCCUCGGUAAACCUCGGCGGUUGUCUGAAUGUUUUCUUCAUGGAGAAAGAAUGAAACUCAAACUUUUCCGAGAAUCUGUAAGACAAAUUUAUGCUGACCUCCAUGCUGGCAGUCGUGAAGGGCUUCCUACAGAUUUGGCGAGACCUUUAACUGUUGGGCAGCGUGUAAUAGCUUUGCUUCCAAACACACUAAAAGUUCUUGAUGGAAUUGUCUUAACGGUUAAUCAUGACAAGUACAGGAUUCAGUUUGAUAAUCAGGAGAUUGGAGUCAAAUUAGUGAUGGAUUUUGAUUGCAUGCCUUUCAAUCCAAUGGAUAAUCUUCCAGUGGCUCUUAGAUGUCAGAGCCGUUCCAUCAACGCACCAUCUCUCGAAUGCAAAGAGCCAAAAGCAAAUAGCCAUCCAAAUCUAAGUAGAGAAUUGGAGAAAGCAUCCAACCCAUACACCAUUGAUACCUUGGUUCCUUCCACCACAUUUAACCUGGCGCAGCAUAAUACUUUCCCUGGGAACUCAUUGCCUCCGUGGUCGAUGUCUCCGUCUCUAGCUAAUACCAGAGCACCUAGUGGUAUCCCUCAUUCUUUAAAUGUUUCUCAUGAAUCAGGAUGUGGGGUUGUUGAUAUUGUCAGAGGUUCGAGGGAAAAGGCACAGUUGAUGGUAAAUGUUGCUAUUGAGGUCAUGUUGAGCACGAGCCAAGGUGAUGAUCCUCUGACAAUUAUUUGUGGUGCCCUGCAUUCUUUUGAGUCGUUUGAGUAUCAGAAACCUUUAAGCAAGUCUCAAGAGUAUAUAAAUGACAGUUUGGGCCCCUUUAACCAAUUAUGCUCAUUGGAACACCUUUCUACUAGUGAUCUAAUCAGUCCAAGAUCGAGACGUUCCGAUAAAGAUUAUGGAGGAAUUCCUUCAAAUCUAAUCACUUCAUGUGUUGCUACUUUGCUUAUGAUCCAGGCGUGUGUCGAGUAUCCAUAUCCACCAGGCGACGUGGCUCAAAUCUUAGGUUUAGCAGUUAAAAGUUUGCAUCCAAGAUGUUCUCAGAAUCUGCAUUUUUAUAAGGAGAUUGAAACUUGCAUGGGAAGAAUCUGUUCCAACUUGAAUUCAAUUUGAUUGAUCCCUCCCUGUUUCAUAUGUACACUAAAUCUGUAAUCCUCACUAACUCUCCAGGUUUUACCAUUUACUUUUGUUUCUUUUACUUUUACCUCAAAAAUUAACUUUUUUUUUUUU